UUUCAUUCGUUUUAAAAAAUAUGAUUGAAAUUCCAUUGAAAGAUAGCGAUGAAGUCAUUGAAAUCGACUUGGAUCAAAUAACGGAACCAAAUGAGCUUCUUCAGAUUUUGAUGCAAGAAAAUUGUCCUUUAAACAUCUGGGUCACUAUUGCGAUUGAUUAUUACCGAAAAGGAAAAGAAGAAAAUUUUGUAAAAAUAUUGGAAUCAGCACAAGUGAAUGCCAAUAUUAAUUAUGCUGAAUUUGAAAAAGAUCAAAUGAGAUCAUUAGAUACCUUAGCUGCUUAUUAUCUAACAAAAGCACAUGCUUGCAGAAAAAAUGGGAUGGAUGACAAAAAAAGGAAAGAAUUACUGACCCAAGCAACCUUGUUAUAUACUACAGCAGAUAAAAUUAUUAUGUAUGAUCAGAAUCAUCUAUUGGGAAGAGCAUACUUUUGUUUAUUAGAGGGGGAUAAAAUGGAUCAAGCUGAUGCUCAAUUUACAUUUGUUCUUAAUCAAAGUCCCACUAACAUCCCUUCGAUGCUAGGAAAAGCUUGUUACUGUUUUUUUAAAAGGGAAUACAAAGCAGCAUUGGCAUUUUACAAAAAAGCUAUGAGAACCAACCCAAAAUGCCCUGCUGAUGUUCGAUUAGGACUCGCUCACUGCUUCUUUAGGCUUCAAAGAUACGAGAAAGCGAAGUUAGCCUUCCAAAGAACCCUCCAAUUAGAUCCUAACUGCUUGGGGGCCCUCAUAGGUUUAGCCAUACUGGAACUCAAUACCAAAAUCCCGGAACGCGUGAAAUCAGGCGUACAAAUUCUCUCCAAGGCGUAUUCGUUGGAUUCCACCAAUCCCAUUGUUUUAAAUCACCUGGCCAAUCAUUUCUUCUUCAAAAAGGAUUACCAAAAAGUGUUCCACUUGGCAUUCCAAGCAUUCCGCAAUUCCGAACAAAAUAAUGCUCCUUCUUCCAUGCCCGGCCAACUAUCCGGUCCCGGAGGUCAGUCCUCGAAUUUCGGUCAUACGCACUCGUCCGGCCUUUCUUCCAGUUUCAUGGAGUCUAGCCUAAGCAAGGACGCCACCAGGGCCGAAAGUUGCUACCAGUUGGGUAGGGCCUUUCACGCCACGGGCAAUUUAGACCAGGCUUUUCGGUUUCAUAUAUAUAUUAUUUUUUAGAAAUCCUCAUAUCCCCUCCCCUUUAACCCUUUUUU